AUGCUGGCACUAAUAAACCGGCUUUUAGACUGGUUCAAGUCUUUAUUUUGGAAGGAAGAGAUGGAGCUGACCCUGGUCGGCCUCCAGUAUUCGGGAAAAACGACGUUCGUCAACGUAAUCGCCUCAGGCCAUUUCAGUGAAGACAUGAUUCCCACAGUUGGAUUUAAUAUGAGGAAGGUCACCAAAGGAAACGUCACUAUUAAGAUUUGGGACAUCGGAGGACAGCCACGGUUUCGAAGCAUGUGGGAGCGCUACUGUCGCGGUGUCAAUGCCAUUGUAUACAUGGUGGAUGCAGCGGACCGUGAUAAAGUGGAGGCGUCGAGGAACGAGCUUCAUAAUCUAUUAGACAAACCUCAAUUACAAGGGAUCCCUGUUUUGGUGCUGGGGAACAAAAGAGACCUUCCCACCGCUUUAGAUGAAAAACAGCUCAUUGAGAAAAUGAAUCUGGCAGCCAUUCAGGACAGAGAGAUCUGUUGCUACUCGGUUUCCUGCAAAGAAAAAGACAACAUUGAUAUCACCCUUCAGUGGCUCAUUCAGCACUCAAAGUCCCGGAGGAGCUGA